UAUCUUUCUACAUCAAUAACCAUAUUUUAUCAUACCUUAUUAGUUACUAUUAUUAUAUUGAUUAUCAUUAUCAUAUUCAUAUCCAAACGUAAUCACUUUUGUCUAUUUUUUCAUGUGCAAUCUUGUCUUGGUAUAAAGCAAAGCAAAAGGAGUGGCUUAUUUGCAUUCAUCGAAGCUUUGAAAACCCCGCCUUCUUCUUCCUCCGCCUCAUCUCUAUAUCUCAACUUGCAUCGUCUUUCCUAUUUUCCUAUUUUUCACUUUAUUCAGUGGUGGGUGCACCCACUAAUCCACCAUAAAAUCCAUCCGUUUCGCAGCUAAAAUCACCGUAGAAAGAGGCAGAAAUGGCGAGCAGCAGCAUCUCCCUGGAAGAUGUACCUUCGUUGGACAUGAUGAGUGAACUCCUUCGCCGACUCAAGUGCUCAUCCAAACCCGAUAAGCGCCUCAUCCUCAUUGGUCCACCCGGGUCUGGAAAAGGUACCCAAUCCCCCAUCAUCAAGGAUGAAUUCUGCCUAUGCCACCUGGCAACAGGUGAUAUGUUGAGAGCAGCUGUUGCAGCUAAAACCCCACUCGGGAUCAAAGCCAAGGAAACCAUGGAGAAGGGAGAACUUGUUUCUGAUGACUUGGUGGUUGGGAUCAUUGAUGAAGCAAUGAAGAAACCAUCAUGCCAAAAAGGAUUCAUUCUUGAUGGGUUUCCUAGGACAGUUGCACAAGCUGAAAAGCUUGAUGAAAUGCUUCAAAAGCAAGGAAGCAAGAUUGAUAAAGUGCUUGAUUUUGCAAUUGAUGACUCCAUCUUGGAGGAGAGAAUCACUGGGCGUUGGAUCCAUGCUUCAAGUGGUAGGACAUACCACACAAAGUUUGCACCUCCCAAGACUCCUGGUGUUGAUGAUGUUACAGGGGAGCCUUUAAUGCAAAGGAAAGAUGAUACUGCACAAGUUCUGAAAUCGAGGCUGGAGGCUUUUCACAAACAAACAGAGCCUGUUAUAGAGUAUUACAACAAGAAGGGUGUGGUUGCAAAGCUUCCUGCAGAGAAGCCCCCGAAGGAGGUGACUGUUGAGGUUCAGAAGGUUUUGUCGUCUUAAUGGAUUAAGACGCUUGCUUUUUGAUUAUUGUGAUGUUAUCUAACCUGAUACGAUAUUGGAUCGGCUUAAACAUUGAACUCUUUAUGCUACAAUUUUCAAUUUUCCAAGCAUGAUAUAUUGAUGGUGGUUGAGUUGCUGAGAUAUGUAAAAGUAAAACCUUACCAGAAAUGAAUAAAGUUGUAAUAAAAUUGCCAAUUUCUUUUCUA